AUGGAAUUGAAACAUCUGAAUAAAUUUGUAGAAGAAUACAAACUCAUUAAGAAUGAUAAAUUAAUUAAAUACCUUAUCAUUCUAGGUAUAGGAUUUGUGAAGCAAAGGUUAGAAGAUAUAAAUUAGGAAGCAAUCAAAUUAUUAGCGAGUAAUUUUGAUUUAUUAUGUAGAUUCAUUCAAAGAAAAGUCUAUUCAUUAAGAAUUGAAAAAUUUAAGAAAUAAGGUUCUGUCUUUAGAGAAGCAUAUUCAACCAGAAUAACAGAUUAAAUAUCAUAGUCAACCAAAAUUAAUGCCUCCUAAAGUUACACCAAAAAUCACUGAAUAAAUUCCACUUUAAUAGAAUGUCAAAAAGGCAGUACCAUUUAAACAUCACUUAGAUGAUUCUGAGAUGUAAGAAUUCUUAGUUUACUAUUAAGCAAAUCAAUAUUAUGGAAUCAAUAUAGUGAAAAUCCUCAUCAUAUAAGCAAUAAUGAUUCUUAACAUUAACCUCCAAGAAAAUAAACAAUUGAUUAACAACCAAUAAUUCCUAAAUAUUUACCAAGAAACAAUUCAUAAACAGAAAUUCAUCCUCUAUCAUAACGUGAGAAUAGUACAAGAUAGGUUACUUAACGAUCAUCUCAUCAUUCAAGUUAAUUUGACAGUUUACAUAAUAGAAAUUCUCCAAAAUUUAAAGGGGAAAAGAAAAAGAGCAUAUGUAAAGAGAACAAAAUAUCUGGAAGUAUUGGAGGAGUACCUAAACAUUUGAGAUAAGUAUAAUCAAAAAUAAAAUCGUAAAUUCAAUUUGAUAAGGAAUAAUACAAAUCUAAUAAUAGUUAAAAAGAAGAAGAAUAAACAAUUAAUAUUGCUAAUAGUUCCUUAAAUCCAUUUAAUAAUACUCCAUAAAAUAAAUUAUUUUAACCUUGUCAUUCUACUCAUUUUGGUAGUAGUUAAGUUUCAAGUGCUAAGAUUUAAUAAUAAUAGAUGUAGAUUUAAGAUUUAAAUAAUAUUACAGAAAAGAAAGUAUUUAAUCUUGAUGAAAUUGCUUCAUCUUUUUUGAAUUCUCCAUUCAUGAAGAGUUAAAUCACUUAAAGACUAUUUGCAAAAUAAGAAUCAGCUUCAUAAUCAUCAUCAUCUAGUACAUUCUCCCUUUUUAAUCCUAAUAAUGAACUCAAAAGUAUUAAUAUCAUUUAUUAUUUAAUAGACUUCUUUUAAUAAUUAGAUAAACAAGUAGGAAACUCUUUAUCAUUUUAAUUUUGA